AAAAUGUUUUCACCAUCGCUGGUUAUAGACAUUUCUCCGCUGCUGACAGUUAUGUUUUUGUCGGCUUUUGCGAAGAUCUUUCCCCGCGCGGAUGUUAAGGCUCAGUUUCCUCGCGCUGUUUGAGGACAAAUGGUGAGGUGUGGCUCACUCAUGAAGAUUUGUCUGUGCCUCAAAGGAUAGGAUCUAAAACAGCUUUGCCUGCAAAGAGACAUUCCAGAAAGUUUGGUUGAUCACCAUGUCUUUCUCGUGGUUUGUUGCCCUCUCGUGACCCCAAUGACCCCAACAGCAGUUUUGACCGUAGAGUCAGCUUUAACCCCAAACCUUUUCUACGACCCCUGAGAAAAGACUGACCAAGUGCAUAAGCUGUAUUGGGGUGGUCUUCCAAAUGCCUACCUCACGCCUAAAGAGCAAAUCACUGCAGCCACAGCCCUGAUCAGCAGCCAUCAUGACAUCAAGCGUAGGGGAUGAUUGUAGCAUCUUUGAUGGGUUGAUGGAAGAAGAUGAGAAGGACAAAGCAAAACGCGUGUCCCGUAACAAGUCUGAGAAGAAACGGAGAGACCAGUUCAAUGUCCUCAUCAAGGAACUCGGCACGAUGUUGCCGGGCAACACCAGGAAGAUGGACAAGUCCACCAUCCUGCAGAAAAGCAUCGACUUCCUGUGUAAACACAAAGAGAUCGCAGCCCAGUCGGAGUCGAGUGAGAUCAGGCAGGACUGGAAGCCUCCAUUUCUUAGCAAUGAGGAGUUCACCCAGCUCAUGCUUGAGGCUCUGGAUGGGUUCUUUAUAGCAAUAAUGACUGAUGGGAACGUCCUCUACGUCUCUGAGAGUGUCACCUCACUACUUGAACAUCUACCGACUGACUUGGUGGACCAGAAUCUGUUAAACUUCCUGCCAACCGGGGAACACUCUGAUGUGUACAAGGCUCUGUCCACACACCCCACCAACCACGACAACCUUAGCUCCGACUACCUAAAGACUAAGAACCACAUGGAGUUCUGCUGCCAUAUUCUGCGAGGGUCCAUUGACCCCAAAGAAUCGCCUGUCUACGAAUAUGUAAAGUUCAUUGGCAACUUUAAGUCACUCAACAACGUUCCCAACGCAGCAAGGAAUGGUCUCGCAGGGGUGUUACAACGCUCACUACAGCCUGCAUUCGAUGACCAGGUGUGCUUCGUAGCCACAGUUCGACUGGCCAAACCUCAGUUUAUCAAGGAGAUGUGCACAGUGGAGGAGCCCAAUGAAGAAUUCACCUCGAGGCACAGUCUAGAAUGGAAGUUCCUCUUCUUAGACCAUAGAGCUCCACCCAUCAUAGGCUACCUGCCGUUCGAGGUUCUGGGAACAUCAGGGUACGACUAUUACCAUGUGGAUGACCUGGAGACACUAGCCAAGUGCCACGAACACUUGAUGCAGUACGGCAAAGGGAAGUCUUGCUACUAUCGUUUCCUGACUAAAGGUCAACAGUGGAUCUGGCUUCAGACGCACUACUACAUCACCUAUCACCAGUGGAACUCUCGACCUGAGUUUAUUGUCUGUACGCACACAGUAGUCAGCUAUGCAGAGGUGAGGGCAGAACAACGCAGAGAGCUGGGCAUUGAAGAGUCUAAUCCAGAAGUAACUGUAAACAAGAGUCACGACUCUGGCUCAGAAUCCCAGCUGAACACGUCCAGCCUCAAGGAGGCUCUGGAGCGAUUCGACCGCAGCCGAACACCCUCGACCUCCUCGCAGAGUUCUCACAAGUCCUCAUCGCAUGUCUCUGACAACACUUGCACUUCCUCCAAGCUACACAUGGACACGGCCACACCUCCUCGGCAGUCCAUGACCUCCACCAUGGAGAUGACGUCACAGCGUCGCUCAUCCAUCAGCAGCCAGUCUAUGAGCUCUCAGACCACAAGCCAGAGUGUAACUCCAGGUAUGAUCACGCAGCAGCAACAGCAACAACAACAGCAACAACAACAACAACAACAAUCACCAGAGCAGCUACAGGCAAACGUACAGCCGGUGAUGGAGUUCUCGGCGCAGGUGAAUGCCAUGCAGCAUCUGAAGGAUCAGCUGGAACAGAGGACAAGACUGAUCCAAGCCAACAUCCAGCGGCAGCAGGACGAGCUGAGACACAUCCAGGACCAGCUGCAGAAAGUCCAGGGACAGGGCAUACAGAUGUUGCUGCAGCAGCAGGGUGGAGCGAUGAACGUGCAGCUCCCCCAGGUGGGGUCGGUGCAACAAACAGCUACUUUGACCAAUCAGGUCCAGCAAACAACAAUUAACCCCGCCCAUUCAGGAACUCAGCAGCUCACCAUCCAGCAGCAGGCACCACCCCCCCAGCAGAACCUACAGCAGCAGCCGACCAACGCCCUCACACAGGAAUUCAUUUCAUGUCCCUCCCUCCUUCCCCACAUUACCGCCCUCCAGCCCCAGCGUCAGCCCCAGCAACCUCCCCAGGCUCAGCCCCAGCCCCAGGGCUCUGUGUCCGCUCCACUAUACAACACCAUGAUGAUUUCCCAGCCAGGGCAGCCCAACGUGCUGCAGAUCAGCACCAGCCUGCCGCAGACCAACACCCAGCAAGGCACCGCAGUGGCCACCUUCACACAGGACCGACAGAUCCGGUUCCCAGCAGGGCAGCAGCUGGUGACCAAGCUUGUGACGGCUCCAAUGGCAUGUGGAGCAGUCAUGGUGCCCACCUCCAUGUUCAUGGGACAGGUGGUCACUGCCUACAACCCCUUUGGUGGACAACAGCAGGGAGGGCAAACCCAGACCCUGACUCUGCAACCAGCCCAACCGUCCCAAGGUCAGCCCGACGGCCAAAACCAGACGACUGUAGUGGCUCAGGGUGGCCAGCAGGGGCAGCAGCAACAACAGCAAUUCUUACAGGGCACUCGUCUCCUCCAUAGUAACCAGUCUACCCAGCUGAUUCUGCAGGCAGCUUUCCCACUCCAACAGCAGGGCACUUUUACGCAGGCAGCGCACCAACAACAACCACAGCAGCAGCAACAACAACAACAGCAGCAGCAGCAGCAGCAACGGCAACAGCAGCAGCAGCAGCAGCAGCAGCAGCAACAACAACAGCAGCAACAAUCUCACCACCAGAGGCACCAGCAGCAGCUAAAACCACAGCCCCAGAAACAGCUGAAAGCCCCGUCAUCGCACAGGACUGACAGUGUCAGCAGCCAACCGCAGUGAAGUCUGAAGGAGAACAACCAGGGGAAUGAAAGCUCUAAGGGAUUGUUGCAGACAUUUGUUUUGGUCGUGGCUGUAAAGAAAACUUAAUUUCCCCCAAAAUUGACGUCCUCCUUUUCCUCCAUCAGAAAGAAAUUUAAUCGUAGGAAAGAGGAGCGCCUGUGAGUCCUCAAGGAACUCACCAUAGAUUGUCACCAUGGCAACACGAUGGAUUCAAUUCCACCAAUUGUGAGGGAGCUCCAGUCUCCGUGGAAACCCCAACAAAAAUACAGAGGACACCUUAUCGCCACAGUAACGAUGGACUGUUUUGAAGGUGUGUCAAAGUGGACUGACUGACCUUGUACAGAUUAACUGUAUGAUAAAAAAAAAGUGUAAAUAUCAAAUAUAGCCUAACAGAAAAUGUAGUAUUUUAUAUGAUUGCAUGGAAAGAAUAACUGUAAGCUUUUAUUAGUCGCUUUUGAAAAAUGAAUUUUUACUUUGUUCAAGUGUUUUCUGCUCAAAGAUGGAGCAAUGACGUGCUCUCUCAGUCUUCUCUCCCCCCCGACCCCCCCACCCCACCCCCCCUCCUUCUCUAAAAAAAAAGACAGUCCAGAAUAAUAAGGCUUUAAAGUUCUGUCGGUUUGGUUGGGCUUGGGUUGUCUUGUGGAAAUUGUGUUUUUAAACACUGUGUCUCUGAGACAAGAUUUUCUCUUUUUAACUUUGUAAGUACAAAUUAUGUUUGGCAAAAAAACUAGAUCACAUUUUUGACUGAAUUCUUUGCAGAAUGAUCACUGUACGUAUAACGGGUUUAGUGAUUCCAAGUGCCAAUAACGGUCAAUUAUGUUUUUAUUUUGUUUUUCGAGCAGACUAUUCAAAGGCGUAUAUAUAUUUUCCAUCAAGAUAUUACCCCUAUUAAAGUUAACGCGUAUGUAUAUAGUAGGGAUUAUUUUUUAACAGUCAGAGAGCCCUAUAAGUAACAAACAAUAUAUCCUCAACCUCCUGAAACUUUAGCACUUGAUGUGGUUGUGUACAGUAAAUCACUGUCCAGACCUAGUUGUUUGUAAUCCGUGGUGUGAUUCCGUGAGCUAGUGUGUUUUUGGGAAUACAAUCUUUGUGUGCAUGAGUGGGCAUGAGAGUGUCUAUGGUUGGUGUGUGUGUGUGUGCGUGCGUGCGUGCGUGCGUGCGUGUGUGUGCGUGCACGCGCGCUUGUUGCCCCUUGUGUCUUACGAUAUUUGACUUAGUAAGGGUUUGAAGUUGCUGGAUGGUACUUGUAUUCUCAGGAAUGUGGAAAGUUUUUUGCUUCUGCCUCAGUCUGGAACCAGACAUGGAGGGAUUAGACGUUGAUGCUGCAAAGACCAGAGGAAGAAGUGUCUGUGUGAAAAGUGUGACUGGUGACUGAAUCAAAUUUGACCCAGAUCCCUUCGAGCCUUCCUCUUUAUUUCCUUAUCAAAAUAGUAUGAAGGGAGAAGUCUCCAGGGGAGAAGACAGUAAGAAUAUGAUGUUAUUUUGUAAAGAGGGGAGGAUACGUUAGCAAGAGGAUUAAAUCCAAAUGUAAAAUCAUUUAUUUGAGUUGGAGUUUAAAGUCAGAAUUAUAACUUUAACCUCAGAACAUCAUACAGUAUAUAUUUUUCACGUGACCCUAAUCCUCUUCUGUAGAUAAGACAUGAUGGAGUAUAAAUAUGGAACAAUUAUUUUCAGCUAUUCACCCAGAUUGGAAUAUAUUGACCUCAUUGUACCAGCAAACCUGCAUUUCUUAUGGUCUUCUGUAUCAUCAGUGUUUCAUCCUUCUAUCUCUUCCUAGGCCUCAGAAACCCUCAUGCAGUUCAGUUCACUCGUCUCUGGUUAAAAUCAGGGCUGGGCCCAAGUCCUUUUCAAAUACAUGGAUGGGAAUGGGCUCAUCUCCUCUACUACAGUUGUAAGCCAUAUCAAACAGAAAAGCCUUGGGUUGGAGGACAUGUAAUGGUUGGCAAAGGAGCAUUUAGAAUGUGUUGUUUUGUCUCUGAGUGUAGUUAAGACUGUGUGCGUGCGUUUGUGUGAAUAUAGAGUUUCCUACUUGUAUCACUCGGGGGUCAGCAUUGGUUUCCCCUGGCGAUAGCCAAUCAGUUCUUGCGUUGCAGUAUAAAGAAAUAAUUGUAAUAUUCAAGAAACUUCCUCUCCGGUUGGGCCCAGUAUUCUGCAAGCCCGUGUGUGGGACAGCUCAACUUGAAUACAUGUUUGUGUGAAAGAGAGAGUUUGUAUGCAUGUUAACUGUCACUGUAACCCGUUAUAUUUUCAUAUGGAAACAGAUGUGUGACUGGUAAAUAAUGGAUGUUAGGCAAUGCAGAGCAUUGGUCACCUGUCAGGCUGUAAAGAAGAUGUGCAGUGUUAUUGCUCAACAAUGACAGACUGCUCAACAAACACUUAUCACAACAAUUACACAUCAGACAUGUCUCAAAUGGUAAUCCUCUGAGAUUAAGUUUUAUUUUUUAGAUUGGCAAUUUGUGUGACUAUGCGGGGACAAAUGCUCCUCUUGACUUUGUCUACAAAUAAGGAAUAGAAGAGAGGAUUUAGAGGGUCUUACUAUUUGAACCAGGUCUUCCACCCAUCACAUAACAAAUGUAGAUCCUCUAUAGACUAGUUUGUGUUUAAGGCGUCACUCUAAAGGGUAAUGUUCAAAUGUUUAUAGUAUGUGUCACUGAUACCCAGCCCAAAGAAUGUAAAGGUGUUUAAAGAGACUAAUGGAUGUUGUAACUGUUGAUUAUGGAGAACCUUUGACAGGCUUUGGGAUGAAGGAAAAUGUUGGGUGUGAAAGAAAAUCAUGUUUCUCACUACAAGGAUCCACAUAUAGAAUCAGAAAUACAAUCUUAUUUACUGGCUUUGCAUUCUUCAAAAAUCCUCCUGAAUGUUUCACCAUUUCUGUUUUUGCAACAAUAUUUCAUGUUCCAGUUGGAGAAAGAGUUAAAAAAAAAGUGCUGAACGCUAAGGUGUAGGAUAUUUGAAAUGCUCCUUCACACAGAUACACAGAUCACCUUUUCACUACUCAAUCUGGUUCUAAAGAGUUCUAGUAUAAAACUGUACACAUACACAAAGCGAAGAACACCAGUAUUCAGUGUAAAACGGUGCUAUGCUUACCUGUACUGUAUGUAUGUAUGUAUAUCCCUUCUUCUGCUCUUGAACUGUGCUCCUUUUAUCUACCCCAAAGUCAAAUGUAAUAAUAAUCAAGAUUUUGAAGCAAAAUGUUUGCUCUUAUUAUAACCCCCCUCUACCCUAUUGGUCAAUUUGAAAAUAAAAACGGUUGCAAAUACGUGA